ACUUCCUUCGACUUACCAUUAAUUUGUCACGUCGUGAUCCCUCUAUUUUGAGGUUCAUAGCUCGUACAUGACGUGCAGUCUGCUCGCUCGAGUAACGACAGCCUCAAGUAGAGUAUGCUUUCGUUCACAGCCCUUUCUUAGGCAAAGUCAUGAGUUUGUGACAUUCAGCAGAAAACGCGCAGGCGUUUCCAUUCUCCGUGUUCAUUCACGGAAGUAUGAAUCUACUGCCACAGCGCCCGCAGCUUCUCCUUCAUCUUCUGUCACGCAGCAAGACAGUAUCGCGGACGCUCCAGCAUCUACAGGUAUCACAGCUGGUAACCUUGCUCUCGAACCACCAUUAUGGGAGUCAACUAAAGGCAUGAUAUCCUCCCCGACGCUCCGUGCUAUCAUCGACAAGCCCUACCAAUUCAAAACGAUGACCCCCGUCCAAGCGGAAGUCGCAAAGCUUCUCCCAGAGCUUGCUCACCCUCCCGACCCAUCUAAUGAAGUCCCGAAACGCCCGCGAGAUCUUUUGGUCAAGGCCAAAACUGGUACCGGGAAGACUUUUGCGUUCCUAAUACCGGCAAUCGAGGCUCGCGUGAAUGCUAUCCACGCUUGGGGUAAGCAAGCGGUUCACGAUGCAGGCCUAGCUUCAGACCACCAUCUUGAGGCGCAAGCCAAGAGACAGUUUGCUAGGGAACAUGUCGGUACCCUUAUUAUCAGCCCCACGCGAGAGCUCGCUACGCAAAUUGCCAACACUGCCAUCCAGUUGACGCAUCAUCACAAGGAUUUUGAGGUCAGACUGUUCUUUGGCGGAGCAAGCAAGCGAAUGCAGAUGCGUGACUUCAUGAAAGGGCGGAGGGAUAUUGUCGUAGCUACCCCCGGGCGACUUCGCGAUUUGUUGCAAUCGGAGCCUGAGGUAGCGAAGAGUAUCGGGAAGUGUAAAAUGGUGAUAUUUGACGAGGCAGAUAUGCUUCUCGAUAUGGGCUUCCGGGACGACAUUGAUGCUAUCAUGAGUUAUUUGCCGCCUAAACCUGAGAGGCAGACAUUCCUCUUCUCAGCGACACUUUCUCGGACCGUUCGCCAGAUCGCACAGACGGUACUUGCUGAGGACCACAAAUUCAUCGAUGUGGUCCCUGAAACUGAGUCCCCAGUCCAUGCACACGUCCCCCAAUAUCACACCGUCCUCUCCAACGCGUCUCAACAGAUCCCCCACCUCCUUCGUCUCCUCGCACACGACCAGCUUACAAACCCAGGCAAGAGCAAGGUCUUGUUGUUCCUCCCCACGACACGCAUGACGCAGCUUUUCGCGACACUCACUCGCGAGCUCUCAAAAACGGUAUUGCCUGCUGGGGCGAACACUAAGGUGUACGAGAUUCACUCCAAGCGCGCACAGGACUCACGCAUAGCCGCCUCCGAUGCUUUCCGCGCUGACAAGUCCGGGGCAUCGAUUCUCGUCAGCUCCGACGUCUCUGCACGAGGCGUGGACUAUCCAGGGGUGACGCGGGUCAUUCAGCUCGGCAUUCCCGCUGCUACGGAACAGUACAUCCAUCGUGUCGGACGAACUGGUCGCCAGGGCUCUACGGUUGGACGUGGGGACCUGGUUCUUCUGCCUUGGGAAAUCGGCUUUUUGAGCUGGCAACUCAACGAAGUUCCGCUCAAGCCAGUCACUUCAGAUGAACUCGCCCGCCAAGUCCGAGACCUCGCAGCUCAGUAUGACGCCGAUCCUCACGCUGUAUUCAAGGAUGUACCAAUCAAGCCACAGGACACCAGGGGUCGACCAAUCCGGGGCGCACCCAAGAUGUAUGAUGCGCCACUUUCACCGCGUCUUUCCUCAGAAGAAAUCCACAGCACAAUCGCGACGCUACUACAACAUAUCGACGAAGAAGCCGUCAAGGAGACUUUCGCUUCCUUACUUGGCUAUUACAUUCCCAAGUCUCCUGAGCUGCGAGUUCAGAAGGGUAAUAUCCUCGCUGGAUGCAGAAGUUGGGCAACGGAUGCAUGCGGCCUAUCUAAGCCUCCGCACGUCAGCGACGGCUUCCUGCAGAGGAUGGGCCUUAACGACGGGCGCACGAAGCACUUCGGCAAAGCGUACCAGGAGUCUAGGUCUUCUGCGAGACCUGUGAAUUCAUGGGACACGAGGAGCAAGCAGAACAAACGGUCUUUCGAGAACCCCAGAGGAAUCUUCCGCCGGGACGAGCAGUCAGAUGUCAAUGACCGCUCUGGCAACACUGACGAGUACCGUGGUGCACGUUAUGGGAGAGGGGAGCCCAAGCCUCGUAAAGAGUGGGAUCGUGAUAAUGACCGUUCUGACAACGUCGACGAGUAUCGUGGUGCACGUUAUGAGAGGGAGAAGCCCAAGCCACGAAGAGAGUGGGGACGUGACAGUGACCGGUCUGGUGAGGAGUAUCGUGGUGCACGCUAUGGGCAGGAUAAGCCCAAGCCACGCAGAGAGUGGAUGCGUGAUAGUGACCCUUCUGGUGACGUUGAAGAAUCCCGCGGUGCACGCUACGGGAGGGAUAAGUCUAGGCCACCGAGAGAGUGGGUCCGUGAUGUUCCCCGCCGCGAGAAUAGUUCACGCGGGUUCGGGAGUCGGUGAAGGAUGGGGCGUGGCACAAAACUAAUGUAGACCGCAUACAAUACAUCACUCAACGUUCGUUAGCUUACAUUUGCACUUAUUAAUAUCAUCCA